AUGAAAGACUCAGAACGAAGGGAGCGAGAGUACGUCCCUAGGCGGCCUCAAGAGGGCAGGGGAGGAGGAAAUGACAAACCUAAAACAGAGAAACGGAAGGAACCCAAGUAUGUUUCGAAGUACCACAAUUACACUCCUUUAGCCAUGUCUCGAGAGAAGGCCCUGAUGAUGGUAGAGAAUGUCGAUGUGCUGAAGUGGCCAAGACACACGAGAUACACCCCCUCCAAGAAAACUUCUAACAAAUACUGCCGUUUCCACCGGGAGAGGGGACACAAUACAAAAGAAUGCUAUCAGCUGAAGGAUGAGAUCGAAAGGCUUGUUAGGCAGGGGCAUUUCAGAGAUCGCGUGCCCCCAAAUUGUAAAAUCGGUGGGGAAGGAAGGAGGAGCAGAUCGAGAAGCCGUGAUCGCAGGAGGAGCAGAUCGAGAAGCCGUGAUCGCGACAGAAACCCGGGCCCAUCAAAAACCGACAGGGCCCCGAUAGGCGGGAACAACGCUCCCACCAAGGGCGUUAUAUACACGAUUGCGGGAGGACCGACCGCGGGAGAUUUGAGCCGAACAUGA